AUGGCCAAGAAAGCGAAAUCCCGCGUCGUCUCGGUGCGGCUCCUCUCGAUGGCCAUGACGGGCUUCUUCUACCAGUUCACGCGCCCGCGCACGUCGCCGCCCAUGAGCAUGCUCAAGUACGACCCGAUAGGUACGCCACCAGCCAGUCGAUCUCCUUGAUGAUCCUCCAAUCUGGACGCCGCGACCGUGCCCUCCCGCCAACCCAAGUCGCGCCCAACUGAAGACGGCAGGCAGGCCGGCGCAUUCCCACCCCUCGGCCGCCCACGUCCCAUUCGAGCCCGAGGCCGGCCUGUCGCGGCGCACAAAAACCGCGCGAUGACUGGGAAUCCCUUCCGCGACUGCAAUGGUGCACGGGACUGGGGGUCCAGACUAUCCAAUUGCACGCACUGCUGCCCCGGACCGAUUUUGCUGACAUUGGAUCCAACAGUGCGACGAAAGGUCCUCUUCCU